AUGCAGCUUUGUUGGAGUCAGCCGAACACUUGUGCAGCAAACACAGUUGACGGAUACGUCGCCAUGCCGUCUGGCCCCCCGAUGCUGCCCACCAUGGAAUACGGUCCUCUCCAGCUUACCUCCAGCGGCAGUGCCGACUUUGCCGAAGACAUUUAUGGCAACCAUCUGUACUGGGGGCAAGUUUUUCCUUACGAUGACGAGGGAUCGGUCACCGUCACCGUUACCGGAUCCUCGUACGAUGAUUCACCCUUCGGAACAGCAUACUCGGAUCAGUCCUCGAAUAUCGGGUCACAUCAAGACCUUGCCAUCCCAGAGGCUCUGGACAACCCUGUGCCUGUCGAACUCCAUCCCGCUGAACCUGAUGAGUUGAGGUUGUCAAUGCUCGGUGGAAGCCUCCCGGUGGACCCUCAGCUAUAUGUAACGUCUGAAGAUUUCGACCACGACGUCUCCAUCGACAUCCAAGAUGCAAACGAUACCACGACAUCUGAUAGUACCUCUUCCCAACUCCCUGCCAGUUCUGGCAGCUCACCCUUCCUUCAGGUGCCCGUCAUCAGCAACUCUGCGCGCCCUGGUAAGCGGCGCCGCAUAGUAAAGGACAUUCAAAGCACCAACCGUGUGAGAGAGCUCAAGUCAUGUUCCUCUUGCAAGCUCAAGAAGGUCGGAUGCAGCAGCCCAGGUACCUGUACCAAGUGCGAGGAUGACUGUAAGAAAAUCCGCAGUCGAUACGCUCAACAGAUGUGCAUCCGAGAUCCCCUCACCUCUAUUGUCAAGACCUUGGAACGCUGGACAUCCCCUGAUGUGAAGAACCGUUACUGGCUGGGUACGGACUUCUACGCGCAGCCGGGCAGUAGUGAGCACAUACUGUCUGUCUCGCUGUCGCCUGAUCCGAACAGAGCCCAUUUCACAAUGACUGGCCGCGAGUUCACCAGCCGGAGCCCACGUAGUAUGUACAACCAAGCGAUACGCGUUGACGCGGAUCCAAGUCCGACUCGAGGUGAUCUGGACAUAUUGAAGUGGAUGGAGGAAGAUAUCCAUGCGAGAGGCGGAACGAGCUUUCGAGACCGUCUCGAGAAGUUUUUAUUGGCAUUUUCCGACAAGUUUGAGGGGCUUCCAUGGGGUGAAGCGCACCCCAAGGCUAGACAAGUGCACACGUUGAUGUCGAACGUGGUAAAGAUGGCAUUUACGCAGAGAAUCUGGGCCACCGGAGGAACCCAACCGUUCUUUAACCACAACGCACCGUUCACUCCUCCGUUGAUGCCGGUGCAAGCUUAUUUGUGCUUGCGUGCUGGCGGUGCGAUAUCGACUUUCGAACGAACGGUCCUGAAGGCCAUCCAGGACUUGGUGGAUAAACAAACAAUUCAGAAACACGAGGAACCACUGCUCCAGUCAGCCUUGUUUGUUUCCCUUUGGGGCUCCCUCUGGCUGAUGAUACUGGUGUAUCAUGAUUCACUGACGUCGCUUCGUCGAAUGGCCCCCGCUAAUAUGACGCUCACGGGGAAUGACAGACGAGCAUUUGAAGCGGAUACGGAGCGCUUGAUGCAUGGCAUUGUCGUCGUCUAUUCGGUACUUUUUCGAAACUCAGCGACGGUGGUCAAGUGCCUCAAAAACGCCAGUUCCGAAGUAUUCGGUAACAACAGCGAAGUGUACGACGCCUUUCAGGAAGCUUGGCAAUCCCGCUGUGCCUUUUAUCGUGAUCUGGACAACCAUCCCAAGCGUGGACAGCCCUCCAAUGAAAGGCACCUCUUCUUCAAGCUACACGUCAUUGAGAGAGAGGCAAAACUCUUAACGGCGCGCCGGGGAAGGGCGUAA